UGGCUUGUGGCGCACAAAUGAUCGGAUGACAACACGCCCGGUCGUACACGGGGCAUGCCAUACCUUAAGCCUUAAAUCCCGGCGGAAGAGCUUUACACCGGUACCGCCGCCCAUUCCAUGUGCGUCAUUUACUUGCGUUCCCUUCCAGCUUAACUCCCUCCAUAUCCCUCGCCUCUGCACUUCGCCUUGCAGCACCGUUCCGUCGUUGCCUUCUUCCCCACAUCAUCAUCGUCGCCCCUCCACAGACGCCGGGAGACCGACUCGGCGAUGGAUCCUCCGCCCGCUCAGUCCAUGUCUGCGACCGACGACCUGCACGACAAGAGCCUCGACGGAUGCUGUUCUUGCUGCUACGACUGCUGCUCCAGCAUCCUGGACUUCCUGUGCUGCGCUUGAUGCUGCUGCUCCUCCUCCUGCCGUUCCCACGGCUUACGGCGGAAGCGCGCGGAGAUACCUGACUUAUUUCGGAGUACUAAUAUAGUCAUUGGGUGAUAUAUUUUAUAUAGCCUGUAUGUAAUAAGGAGAUUUAUGGAUCAAGUGCUGUAAUGUGUUGACUUAUCUUCCGCUAAAGUAGUCGUGCAAUUUGGUCUGGGAAAUUUACCCAAAUUCUGUUUUGCGUA